AUAUAAUUUUUGGCUUUACCUGUCGAAACGACUUGGUUUAGCUUUUGCGACGGGUUUUUGGGUAGAGAAAUAAGGACUUGUUGAUCCAUCUAUCAUAUUGCUUUAACGGCCCCCGCCCUCCUCUUCACCCCCUCCCCCUCCCUUUGGCUCUGAAAUCCCAAGAUGCGAUUCGACUUCUUAGUACUGGCCGCUACGGCCGGCGCAUCGACGCUCACUCCCAAUGUGCUUCCCCUGAUUGUCCGAAACCCGUACCUGAGCACCUGGCUGUCCAACGCUCGCGAUGCUCCUUGGGAAAACUGGCCCAUGUUCUACACAGGAGCUCAUGUUGGCUUCUCGGUCAUGGCCUCCGUCCCCGAGACGGGCAAGGUCUAUCCCCUCCUCGGACGCCCCCACGACUCCCUGCGGCACGAUCACCACCAGUACCAGGUCGGAUAUCCCGAGUAUCUGGGCGCCACUUUCGAUGCGUCGACCACGAACCUGACGUAUCAGAUCUCGGGCAAUUCGCUGAAGGAGGUCGCGCGCCUGACGCUAUCCUUCCUCUCGCCGAUCACGCCCUCUUCUACGUUCAGACAGUCGAUCCCCGCUGCCUACCUGACCGUCAUUGCCGAGGGCUGUCUCGACGUUAACAUCUACACGGAUGCCAACGGCGAGUGGGUCACUGGGAAUAGGGGCAAUGAAGUGAAGUGGGAGCUGCACAAGCAUGGCCGCUCUGGAAAUAGCAGCUCCAGUACAGCUCUCAAGACGUGGAAGGUAUCCCGGGUUUACGAGCAACUCUUUACUGAGGAUGCGGAUCGAGCCGAAUGGGGGACGAUGCACUUCUCGGGCCCGGCCAAUGCGCAUCAUCAGGCUGGAACGUCUGCACUUUUGCGCCAGCAAUUUGCCGAGAAGGGGGCCUUGAAGAAUGAGGUUGACAAAAGGUUUCGCAGGGUGAUGGACGAGGAGCCGGUCUUUGCCUUCUCCAAGGCCUUCAAGCUCGCCAGCAAACAACGGGCAAACUGCCACAGGAAGACGGAAAACAUAACAUUCACCUUUGCUCUGGUGCAAGACCCGGUAGUCCAGUUCGCGAGGGCUGAAGGGCUUGCGCACAUGAAACCGCUCUGGCAGUCGCACAUCUCCAACGCCGACGAGCUGAUCUCGUACCAUUACGACGACUUCCAGACCGCAGCAUCGCUGGCCCGGAAUUACUCGGACUCGCUCGCGCACGACGCGUACAGCUCCGGCUCGCGGGACUACCAAGACAUCGCGGCGCUCUCGGCCCGCCAGGUCCUGGGCGCGACGCAGUUCUCCGGAACGCCCGAGAACACGAUCCUCUUCCUGAAGGAGAUCUCGUCGAACGGCAACUUCCAGACGGUCGACGUCAUCUUCCCGGCCUUCCCCUUCUUCCUGUACACCAACCCGAAAUGGCUGGCGUACCUGCUCGAGCCCCUCCUCGAGCACCAGCUCAGCGGGCAGUACCCGAACGACUACAGCAUGCACGACUUGGGAUCGCAUUUCCCCAACGCGACGGGCCACUCGGACGGAAACGACGAGUAUAUGCCGGUCGAAGAGUGCGGAAACAUGCUCAUCAUGGGUCUCGCGCUCGCUAACGCCCUGCGCUACGACACUGAGCCAGCUUUUGUCAAUGCGCCCGCGGCUCACGGCGCGGAAGUCAUCCCCAACCUUUCCCGAGACUCGCAGGCCUACAUUGACAAGUACGGCAUCGACCUCCCCAGUAAGAACGACCCCGAAACGGGCAUGAGCACAGGCCGCAAGGAAGCGCGGCAGUGGCUCACCCGCUCGUACAAGCUCUGGGACCAGUGGACGGGCUACCUGGUGCGCGAGUCGCUGGUCCCGCACAACCAGCUGUGCACCGACGACUUCGCCGGCUGGCUGGCCAACCAGACCAACCUCGCGCUCAAGGGCAUCGUCGGCAUCAAGGCCAUGAGCGAGAUCGCCGACCUGGUCGGCAAGGACGACGACGCGAAGCGCUACAGGGAGAUCGCGGCCGAGUAUAUCGGUAAGUGGCAGGAGUACGGCAUCUCGCGCGACCGCACGCACGCCAAGCUGGCGUAUACGUGGUAUGGCUCGUGGACGACCAUCUAUAACCUGUACGCCGAUUCGUUGCUGUGCUUCCACGUCAAGGGCGAUGGGGAGGGUGGCGAGUCCGCGCCGGGCGGCCUUCGGAGAGACGGUCAGAAGCCGAUCGGAGGGGGGGGCGGAAGCGAGGCCACGUUCGUCCCGGACGAGGUGUACCAGAUGCAGAACGACUGGUACCAUGCCGUGCUGCAAAAGUAUGGCUUGCCCCUCGACUCCAGACACUUGUACACAAAGAGUGACUGGGAGUUCUUUGCCGCGGCUGUUACGGGCAGGAAAACGAGGACCGAGAUCUUGACCUCGGUGGCGCGGUGGGUGAAUGAGACUGUUGUCGAUCGGCCGUUUACGGACCUAUACGAGACCGAGGGCGAUGGCAAUUUCCCGAAUAACAUCAGGUUCAUGGCGAGGCCGGUCGUCGGCGGACACUUCGCUUCCCUGGCACUGGAGAGGGCCUGUGGAGGCAAGGCUGUUGAAGCACUGCGGUUUUUGGACGAGAAGCCGCCCGCCGCAAUUGAUGUGGAAAGGGUGCUGCAGGCGGAGCGGCAUGUGGGAGCGGCGGCGGACAGCGAGUGGGACGAUCUCUAGAAGCGCGGCUGAAGUCCACGAGCCCGAUGUCGUGCGUCGUGUGUCGUGUGUCGGUGCAAUGGUGUG